GCUGCUGAUGUGAGUGCGUGAGUGCGUUUCUCCCCCUUUUUACUUUCACCGACCCUCUGCUCCUUCUCCACCUCCUCCUCUUUCACCACCACCUCCUCCGCUGGCAGAAAUUUAUAAAGAACAAAAAUCGGAGGAGGGAGGGAGGGGGUUUGAUCUACGCCGAGGCUGAAAUCGAGAGGCGAACCCAGGGAAACAGGCGUGAUCGCUACACGGGACUUUCCCCCUCUUAGUCCCCCCAAAAGGAGGGGGAAAAGUCGCAAUAUUGGAUAUCGUGAAGCCAUGAGCUCCUAUAGGGCGUGAAAAACGUCCGCAACUGUGGAUACUUUAUACAUUUUUAUUCGAAAAAAAUAUGGCCGAGAACGUUCUGGACUCUGGCCCGCCUUCAGCCAAGAGGCCUAAACUCUCCUCUCCGGCACUUUCCGCCUCCGCCAGCGAUGGAAAUGAUUAUGGCUCAUUGUUAGAGUUGGAGCAAGACCUCCCAGAUGAGCUCAUCACUUCUAAUGAAACAGGUCUGGUAAAUGGUGGAGAUCUCAGCCAGCUUCACACAGCUCUGGGAGGGGGUCCUGCAGGGCUUGGCCCUGGAGGUACAGGCGGAAUGGGUCUUGGACUUGGCCCUGGAGGGGGUCCCGGAGGUGUUGGUGGAGGACAGGAUGCCGUGGCCAAGCACAAACAGCUGUCUGAGCUUUUGCGUUCGGGGGCACCCAGCUCAAACCAGCAGGGGCACCAAGGAACUAUGGGCAGCCCAGGAGGCCCCACGGCCAUGGGACAGCACAUGGUGAACAUGAAGGCGUCCCCUGGCCCUGGACCUCAACAAAUGAUGGGUCAGGCACAGCAGCAGCAGCACCUCUCCCCUCAACAGCAGGCUUCCAUUAUGCAGCAGCAACAGAACACUUCAGCUGGCAUGAUGGGUGAACAGAGAUGCAUGAACAGAGCCAUGAUGGGAGUGCAGCAAAAGGGUAAUAAUGGACAGCAGCAGCCUGGAAUGAUGGGAAACCAAGUGAUGAACGGAUCGCCUAGGAUGGGUUUUGGAAAUCAGGGGAUGGGUGGCAACAGCAACCUGUUGGCAGAAACUCUGCAGCAGCAGGGAGCUGGGGGCCAGGUGGGGAUCAGAGGUCAGCAACCUGGAGCCAUGAACAAGAUGGGGAUGAUGGGAAACCCAGGAGCACCCUUUGGUGGCCCAUAUACUGGGCAGGGAAAUCAAGGUCUGGGAGGCACAGGGCUGGGCCCUCAACUUCAGAUCAAGAGCCCCAUGCCCAACAGGCUGCCCCAGUUUAAUGUGGACAAGAAAAACCAACCCAUGCAAGGAAUGGCUGCAAUGGACACUCAGCAGGCACAAACUGGUGUGGGCGGUCCCUCUGGUGUCCCCGUAGGAGGUGCCACUGGGAUGGUGCCCAACGCUCAGGCAGGUCUAGUUGGCCCUGGUGCGCAGGUUUCAGCAGCAUCAGCCACCGCUGGCGCACCACCCACCGCAGAUCCAGAGAAACGCAAGCUAAUCCAACAGCAACUGGUCCUCCUGCUACAUGCUCACAAGUGCCAGCGGAGAGAACAGGCCAACGGUGAAGUUCGGCAGUGCAACCUUCCCCACUGUCGCACCAUGAAGAACGUUCUUAACCACAUGACUCACUGCCAGGCUGGAAAGUCCUGUCACGUCGCUCACUGUGCAUCAUCGAGGCAGAUCAUCUCUCACUGGAAGAACUGCACACGACACGACUGUCCUGUCUGCCUGCCGCUGAAGAAUGCUGGGGACAAGAGGAACCCGCAGUGUGAGUCACUGCUCAGUGGUGCUGCUGCAAGUCUGAGCAGUACUCUUGGACCUGUUACUGGCGGACCACCAAGCACUCCCAACCUCAACCCACCGAGCCAGAUUGACCCUAGUUCCAUCGAAAGGGGCUACGCAGCUCUUGGCCUCACGUACCAGGGCAAUCAGACCCCAGCCCAGACGAACCAGCCAAAUAUGCCCAACCAAGGCCUCCAAGGCCAGGCUGGGGUGAGGCCUUUGAAUCCAAUGGGCGCAAAUGCAAUGAGAGUCAAUGGAGGAGUAGGCGCCACGCCUCAAAACCAACAAGUCAACUUGCUGCAGGACACAUUGAUGCACCUGAAUGCGAACAACCACAGUCUGAUGAACGAUGGUGGUGGUGUUGGCUCCUUGCCAGCAGGUGCUCCUCCCUUAGUCACAGAAAUGAUGGAAAACUGGCCGGAAGAUAUUACACAGGACCUAAGGAACCACUUGGUACACAAACUUGUCCAGGCCAUUUUUCCGACCCCAGAUCCUGCCGCCCUCAAAGAUCGACGGAUGGAGAACCUGGUGGCCUACGCUAGAAAAGUGGAGGGAGACAUGUACGAGCUAGCCACCAGUAGAGUUGAGUACUACCACCUCUUAGCAGAGAAGAUCUAUAAGAUCCAGAAGGAGCUGGAGGAGAAGAGGAAAACCCGGCUCCAAAAGCAGGGUUUAGGUGGCAGUCCUGGAGGCAAUGGUCAGCCCCCUCCUGGAAUGUCCCCGAAUGGACCUCUUUCUGACCCAGCUCCGGUGAGACCACCCGGACCAAAUCAGAUGGUCAACAGGACGCAGGGCCCAGGCUUGAAUCAGUCCAUGAUGAUGUGCCAGAGGUCAUCCCCACUACCAAUGGGACCAACUGGGAACCAGAUGGGAAUGGUUGGAUCCAGAAUGGGACAGCCCAAUGUAAACCAGAUGCCGAACCAGUAUAUGCCCCAGGGACAGUUUCCUGGCUCAGGAGGACCAGGACUUGGUACUACACAACCUAGUAUUGGCCAGCCUGGUGCAGUAGCACGAAUGGCUCAGACACAGAUUGGAACUCCUCCUUCUCUUCCUGUUGCUAGCCCUCUAGCGCAGCAAGGUUCUGCUGGCAGUCACAGUGGUGUCCCCUCAUUAGGAUCAGGGGGUCCUCAGAGUGUAGGUGCAAACACAACUCCCGGAGCUCCUCCUUCCUCAAUGACUCCUACUAAUACAAAUCACCAACCAAACUCCAUCCCUCAUCUGGGAGCCAUGCGCAGCUCACCAUCUCCGGCCCACAGCCGGUCACCCACCCCUCACCAAACUCCCCCCAGGUUGGCUGGGUCACAAACUCCACAGCCACACACCCCUAAUGCAUCACAGCUGGCUCCGCCUCCAGCAUCACAGCAGAACCAGCUUAGCCAGGGCCCUGGCUCCAACAAGUCCCUCCAGCAGCAGCAGCAUAUGGGACCUACAGGUUCCACCACUCCGUCUCACCCUGGACUGACCUCCAGCUCAACGCCCCAUGGCCCUCAGCUGCCACGCACUCCGUUGUCUCAAAAGGGUUCCUUCACAGCAGACAGUCAGGCCAUGACCCCAGCAUCUGUCAGCAGCGUGGACACCUCCUCACAACAACCACAGUUGGACAACUCUGCUACCAACCUUGAGCCCAAGAUGGAGGUCAAGCAGCAGGAUGAGGAAGAGGAGGAGGAGGAAGAGGAGAGCGACACUGGCUCCAAAGGAGGGAAGCUUAGCAACAUCAAAAUGGAGGAAAGGCCUGUGAAACAAGAACUAAAAAAGGAGGAGUGUGCUGGUGAAGGAGGCAAAGGUGAUCCUAUGGAUACGGCAUCAACGACACUGCCGACUGGCAUAAAGACGGAAGAAAAGAGACCAGAAAUAAAAAAGGAGGUGAAACAAGAGGAGGAGACAUCGGAGGCUUCUACACCACAGGCUCCAUCAAAAAAGAAGAUUUUCAAGCCAGAGGAGCUUCGCCAGGCUCUGAUGCCGACUCUGGAAUCUCUCUAUAGACAAGAUCCAGAGUCCCUGCCCUUCAGAAUGCCUGUUGACCCACAACUGCUGUGCAUACCUGACUACUUUGACAUAGUAAAGAACCCCAUGGACUUAUCAACAAUCAAGCGGAAGUUGGACACUGGUCAGUACCAGGAUCCUUGGCAGUACGUGGAUGACAUCUGGCUCAUGUUUAACAACGCAUGGCUAUACAACCGUAAAACGUCCCGAGUGUACAAGUACUGCUCUAAACUGGCUGAGGUUUUUGAGCAAGAGAUUGAUCCCGUGAUGCAAAGCCUGGGCUACUGCUGUGGCAGGAAGUUGGAGUUUUCUCCUCAAACUUUGUGCUGCUAUGGGAAGCAGCUGUGCACUAUUCCUCGAGAUGCUGCUUACUUCAGCUACCAGAACAGUUCACCAAAAUUUGGGCUUAUUGCUAACAGGUACCACUUCUGCGAGAAGUGUUUCAACGAGAUACAGGGAGAGACGGUUUCCCUGGGUGACGACCCCUCGCAGCCACAGACAUCAAUUAACAAAGACCAGUUUGAGAAGAAGAAAAAUGACACACUGGACCCUGAACUGCUUCUUGAAUGUUUAGACUGUGGCCGUAGAAUGCAUCAGAUAUGUGUCCUUCAUAAUGACACGAUCUGGCCAUCUGGUUUUGUAUGUGACGGCUGCUUAAAGAAGACGAAUAAAACACGGAAAGAAAACAAGUAUUCAGCAAAAAGGCUGCCCCAGACAAAGUUAGGCUGUUUCUUAGAAACAAAAGUGAAUGACUUCCUAAAGCGCCAGAGCCACCCAGAGUCUGGAGAGGUCUUCAUUCGUGUAGUCCAUGUCUCUGAUAAAGUUGUGGAGGUGAAGCCAGGCAUGAAGUCCAGAUUUGUGGACAGUGGAGAGAUGUCGGAGUCGUUUCCAUACAGGACUAAAGCUCUGUUUGCAUUUGAGGACAUUGAUGGAGCAGACGUUUGCUUCUUUGGUAUGCACGUUCAGGAGUACGGAUCUGACUGUCCUCAGCCCAACCAGAGGCGAGUCUACAUCUCCUACCUGGACAGUGUACAUUUCUUCCGACCUAGAAGUCUGAGAACAGCCGUUUACCAUGAAAUCCUAAUAGGAUACUUGGAAUAUGUAAAGAAACUGGGCUACACCACUGGCCACAUUUGGGCCUGUCCUCCAAGUGAAGGUGACGACUACAUCUUCCAUUGUCACCCAGCUGAUCAGAAGAUCCCGAAGCCGAAACGCCUUCAGGAGUGGUACAAGAAGAUGUUAGACAAAGCCGUGGCCGAACGGAUAGUACACGACCAAAAGGACAUCUUCAAGCAGGCAACUGAGGACCGUUUGACCAGUGCUAAGGAGCUGCCUUACUUUGAGGGUGACUUUUGGCCUAAUGUGUUGGAGGAGAGCAUCAAGGAGCUGGAGCAAGAGGAGGAGGAGAGAAAAAGGGAGGAGAACAGCACAUCCAACGAGAGCAUUGAUGACUCCAAGGGGGACAGUAAAAACGCAAAGAAGAAAAACAAUAAGAAGACCAGUAAGAACAAGAGCAGCCUGAGCAGAGCCAAUAAGAAAAAACCAGGGAUGCCUAAUGUCUCCAAUGACCUUUCUCAGAAACUCUAUGCCACCAUGGAGAAACACAAAGAGGUAUUCUUUGUGAUUCGACUGAUGGCAGGCCCCAUGGCAAACGCCCUGCCACCCAUUGUGGACCCAGAUCCCCUGAUGGCCUGUGACCUCAUGGAUGGCCGUGAUGCCUUCCUGACAUUGGCCAGAGACAAACACCUAGAGUUCAGCUCCUUACGGAGGUCCAAGUGGAGCUCAAUGUGCAUGUUGGUGGAGUUGCAUAACCAAAGCCAGGACCGCUUUGUCUACACCUGUAACGAGUGCAAGCACCAUGUAGAGACACGUUUCCACUGUACUGUCUGUGAGGAUUAUGACCUCUGCAUCACAUGUUACAACACCAAGACCCACGAGCACAAGAUGGAGAAGCUUGGUCUUGGUUUGGAUGAUGAAAACAGCAACCAGGCCGCGGCCACCACUCAAAGCCCAGGAGACUCUCGUCGUCUCAGCAUCCAGCGCUGCAUCCAGUCCCUGGUCCAUGCAUGCCAAUGUCGAAAUGCAAACUGUUCCCUGCCGUCUUGCCAGAAGAUGAAACGUGUUGUCCAACACACUAAGGGUUGCAAGAGAAAAACCAAUGGUGGUUGCCCUAUCUGCAAGCAGCUUAUUGCGCUCUGUUGCUAUCACGCAAAGCACUGUCAGGAGAACAAGUGCCCGGUCCCGUUCUGCCUAAACAUCAAGCACAAGCUUCGCCAACAGCAGCUGCAGCACAGGCUUCAGCAAGCUCAAAUGCUCAGGAGGCGCAUGGCCAGCAUGCAGAGGGUGGGACAGCCUGCACCUGGAGGAGGUCCUGGAGGCAAUGGCCUGCCCUCUCCCGGAGCAAACAAUGGAUCGACUGGUCCUGGCACCCCUACAUCAGUGGGGACACAGCCUCCUACACCGCAGACACCCACUCAGGGCAACAUGCCUGCACUUACACAGCAACAGGGAGUUGGCUUAGGAAUAGGAGCACCAGGUCAGCAGCAGCAGGUUCAACAACUUGGUGGUGCCAUGCCUCAGCAACACCAUCUCCAUCAGUUUCAGCAAGUGGCUGGAGGAGCUGGAGGGGGGAUGAUGAACACUUCUCAGCAGCAACCUCCUAACGUUGCGCAACUCCAACAGCCACAGCAUCCUGCUGGUUUGCCUCCAUACAACCCCAGAGCAUCUGGGGCAUCCCCUCUCCACCAGUCCCUGGGAAAGCCUGGAAUGGGUCCAGGCACCCCACCUCAGCAGCAGCAACAGUCGAACCAAGGGCAAGCUUCUAUGCCCGUACAGGGCCCGCCGUUGGCUGCGGUUGAAACGGCUUUAAAGAUUCAGCGUCUAGCAGAGACCCAGAGACAGAUGGCUCAGGCCCAGGGACAGAUUCGUGGAGGCAUGAUGCCACCACAUCCACACCACCAGAACCCUCAGGCCCAGAUGGGCAUGCCUCACAUGGGUGGCCCGGGCAUGCCCCCACAAGCUCAGGGUGUAGUUGGCAGAACUAUGUUAGACCCACCACAGCAGGGAAUGCUAGCAGGGAUGCAACAAGGUGGCCCUCAGUCACAGUUACCCCCUCAAAUACAGCAGCAGCUACAACAAGUUCAACAGCCAGGUGUUGGACAACUCCAGGCCAACCAGCAGUGGGGGCCUGGAGGACCCACCAUCAACCCACAACAGAGGCCUGGCAUGAUGAGUCACAUGACACCGCAGCCAGGAGCUCCUCAGCCAUCGCAGCAGACGAUAAAUCAGCCGCCUCAACCGGGAAAUCGUGCAAUGAUGCAGGUUAUGGGCGGAGCAGCAGGGGCACCUGCUCAAAUACCUGGGGCACCUGCUCAAAUACCUGGGGCACCUGGAAACAUGCCCCAGGCAACUCUACAAGAUCUACUGAGAACUCUGCGCUCCCCAAGCUCACCCAUUCAACAUCAACAGGUCCUCAACAUCCUGCGUUCCAACCCCACCCUAAUGGCUGCAUUCAUCAGGCAAAGAGCUGCCAGAUAUCAAAAUACCCAGGGUGGUGCUGGAACUGCAGCGGGGCCACCACAAGGAACACCUGGGGGGGUGAGAUUUCAGGGGCCUGCAGGAGGUCUACCUGGAGGACCUGGAACAAAUCAGCUUUUAAACAUGGAUGGGCAACAGCCAGUUAAUGUCAACCAGGCAGGGCAGCCAGGGAUGAACAUGGUCCAGGGUGGAGCAGGUGGAGGAAAUAUGCCAACCAUGGCACAGCUUCAGCAGAUGCAACAGCAGCAGCAGCAGCAACAGCAACAACAACAACAGCAACAGCAGCGGCCAAUGUUGCCAGGUAAUUUGCAACAGCAGCAGAUGGCUGCAUUGCAACAGCAGGGAGCAAUGCAAGGUGGACAACAAGGCAACAUGACCAAUAUGCCGGCACAGUACAGAGAGAUGAUCAUGAUGAGAAGACUACAGCAGCAGCAGCAGCAACAACAACAACAACAACAACAGCAACAGCAGAUGGGAAACCACGGGCAGUUUCAACAGCAGCAAGGCUUCAUGCCAGGACCGGGACAGCCUGGAAUUCCACCAUCCUCACAACCACAGCCUGGGAGUGUGGGUGUAGGAGGGCUGCAACAGCAGCAGGGUGGACCUCAGGGUGGCCCAGGACAACAGCAGGGCUACGCCAACCCCAUGCCACAAGUCUCUGCAGCCCUGCAGCAAAGGCUUCAGAUGCAGAUGCAACACCAACAACAACAACAACAGCAGCAGCAGCAGAAUCAAAUGGCUGGACUUCAAGGACAAGAUGGAGCACCUGGUGGAGGUGCUGGAGGACCGGGGCUUCAGACAGGACAAGUUGGGCAGGUGCAGGGCCAACAGCAUGGAGGUGGUGGGCCUCCAAUGCCUCAGACGUCCCAAGCCAUGCUUCAUCAGAACAUCCACCAGAGGUUACUACAGCAGCAGGUCCUGGGCGGAGGCUCUCCAGCCCAGCACAGCAGUCCUAUGAGUCCUCAGCAACAGAUGGCUCAAUCCCCACACCACCUACAAGGGCAGGGGUCACUCAGUAAUCAGGUUAGGUCACCGCAGCCUUCGCCAAGACCCCAGUCGCAGCCUCCACGCUCUAGUCCAUCCCCACGCAUACAGCCCUCCGCCCAACCUCAGCCCUCACCACAUCGCAUAUCCCCACAGACCCAGACGGGGUCACCGCACCCUGGACACCUUGGUCCACACCACCCAAGCAUGGCGCCGCCUCAGCCACCACAACCACAGCAGCAAGUGUUACCUCAGCAGCAGCCAGGCGGCUCAAUGGACCACGCUCAGUUCAGCUCGGACCAGAACUCCAUCAUGUCCAAGUUGAGUGGGAUGACGGGGAUGCACGGUGGACAGGGAGGGCCGUCUGACAUUUUGGGUGGGAAUAACGGCAACGGCGCAAACAACAACCAGGAGAUGGGAACGAACAUUAACCACAACAGUUUAGACCUGAUGUAGCCUCCUCUGUGUGACUUCACAAAAACUAGCACAGGCGGAGCAGGACGGGACUGUGACUUUAGGCUUUUAGAUUUUUUUUUUUCCUAUUUAAAUAUUUUUGUGAUGUAUAAAUGAGAACUGAAGCUUCCUUCCCAUGGGAGAUGCAACCUAAAUCCAAGAAGUUGAUAAAUGAAUAAAUUAAAAACAAUGGUAAGUUAUUGCUGUUAAUAUAUAACUCUCUCUUUCUCUCUCUCUCUCUUUCUCUCUCUCUCUCUCCUACUCUCUCUCUCUCUCUCUCUCUCUCUCUCUCUAUAUAUAUAUAUAUAUAUAUAUAUAUUUGCCAUUUGUGUACAAACAGGUGUAAGGGCAGUGUUUCAGGUUGAAGAUAUUUCUUCUUUUGGUCUACGACACAAUAUUUUUGGGGACUGAGAAAAAUUUGCCUUUUUAUGAAUAUUUUUAAGAUUUUAAAUGUGUCCAAAAAUUAAAGUACAAUGACACGAUAUGUACCUUUUUUUUAUUCUUUAUUUUUUCUUUUUUCAAACAUGUAGUCAUGAUUGUAUGUAUUUUGCAGAGUUAAUAAUACUUAACUUCCGCCGCCCCACCCCCCACCCUACCGUUAGUGAAUCACACAACAAGCAGCAUACAGUAUAUUUCCUCUGUCAUGUCUGCUUUCUGUACAUUUUCUUCAACUUCAACAAAUGUAGAAUUUCUUUGUUAGUGAGGUAAAAAUAAUGGGUUAAAUGCCGAUUAAGUUUACUUUUUUCCGUCAGGGUUUAAAGUGAAACCGUACCAGUGUUUUAUGGAGGGUGGACUGACAUUGACUGUUGAUUGGUCACAUUUAUUUGGAAACUGACCAGAGCAAAUAAUUGAUUAUUUUACUCGAUGGCCACCUCUCCAUCAACUACCAUUGUUUUCUUUUGAAUAUGUCCAUAUUUCCUAUUCCGACCCCCAGGACUCCCUGACCCUUUGAAGUUUAUUGGUUGUUACUUUGAGUGAAGUUUGAGGUCAGAUAAGACAACCUGAAGAAAAGACAUGAACAAACGGUGCAAGUGCCAUUUGGUUUUGUGUUCUUAAACAAAACUUCCAACAAAACUUCCAAGUUGGACCAAAUACGAGUCACAAAGUUGUAAGACAGAUGUCAGUUGGAAGGGUGUUUAAUAUUAAAAUUAAAACAUCUUCAGACAUUUCUCUCAGGCAUUUCCAACCGCUUUGCUACACUUCAUCAUGUCUUUGGUAGCUAGUUCUUUAAAAAACAUUUUAAUCUUUUUAUUUCCAUUUCUGAAAACAAUUUAGACCAAACUUGAAUGGGAAGCUGAUAAAAGUUUUGACAUGCAACUGAAAUAAUGUGGAAAGCAACUGGAUUUCAGUCCUUAGACCAGACAAAAAAGCAGGUUGUGACCUGUUGUCAAAAACAUCCUCUAGAAUUCCUCUACAGAGGAAAUGUAGAAAAAUAGAUUUAUUUUUAUGAAUGCAGCCCCCCCCCCCCCCCAACAAGACUUGGCUUUGUAUUAUAUGUAUUUUCUUUCUCUACUGUCAGUCUUUGAAUCUCAAAUCUGCCAGAUUUCUUCUCAUCAAUAUUCUUGCGUCCUGACAGUCCAGCUGGAGGCUCUUUAUACCUCUUGUUUUUUAGCAAUCCUUAAGUAACAGGUGUGCGUGUACAUAUAUAAAUAUUUGAAGAGUUACUUGUUAGUUAACUGUGACACAGAAAAUUGGUCAACAGUGAUGUUUUUGGAGGCUGAAGACUUAAAAAAAUCCUGCCUGUAAUCCUAAUCCCUUUUUUUGCUCUUUUAUUCGUCUUUUUCUCACGACUGCCUCUUCAGCCACAAUGUCAGUACUGUACAGAGUAAACAAUGUCAGACUUAGAUACUGUUUUUGUAAUAAAAGUGUAAAAAAAGGAAAAA